CACUCGGUACGUGGUUGUUUUUCGCCUGCGCGGAUCGAACGUGCCGUUGAACAACCGUCAUGGCGGCUCCCAGCAGGAAGCAGGUUUUAAAGUUCAUCAGUCAGCUGGGGGCGUUCAUUCUGACCCGGUUCGGCUUCUGGAACUGCUUCUGCAUGUUGAUGCUGUUCGCCGAGCGAGCGGACUCCAAGAGGAAGCCGGACAUCCACAUCCCGUACCUGUACGUGGACAUGGCGGCGGCCGUGCUCUGCGCCAGCUUCAUGUCGUUCGGGGUGAAGAGGAGGUGGUUCGCGAUGGCGGCCGCCGUUCAGCUGGCGGUCAGCACGUACGCGUCGUACGUCGGCGAGCAGGUGCAUUACGGCGACUGGCUCAAGGUACGAAUGUAUUCCAGAGCGCUGGCUAUCGUCGGAGGCUUCCUGGUUCUGGCCAGCGGGGCCGGGGAGGUGUACAGGCAGAAAUCUCGCAGCAGAUCCCUGCAGUCCACUGGACAGGUUUUCCUGGGAAUCUACCUCAUCUGCAUGGUGUACUCCCUGCAGAACAGCAAAGAGGACCGGCAGGCCUACCUGGACCACAUCCCGGGUGGAGAGAUCACCCUCAUGCUGCUGGCGGUGCUGUUCGGCGUGUUGGCUCUGGCCUUCCUCUCGGGCUGCUACGUCCGCCUGGCCGCUCAGAUCCUGGCCACCGUCCUGCCCCUGGUGGUCCUGUUCAUCGACGGCAACCUGGGCUACUGGCACCACAGCCGCAAGGUGGAGUUCUGGAACCAGAUGAAGCUGAUUGGACACAACGUGGGCAUCUUCGGCACUGCGCUCAUCCUAGCCAUCGACGGCUGAAACCCCUCGAUCUCUCAACGGACGACCUUUUUAAAGAACUAGUUGCGUUCGCGUGCGCAGGAACGAGAUCGCCGCUGCACGACUUUGUACUCACAAGUUGCCGCGGCUCGCUGACCUCUCAGGAUUCAAACUCUACGAGCUGAGAUGGUUGGACGUUGGAAGCCAGUGUUGAUUGUCUUUGCCUUCCAGUAGAAAUACUCAAGCUUUCCUUUUUUUUUUUUUUUUUCUUGCAAUUAAAUUAUUUAUUUUGGAUUCAUGUUUACAUUUCGUCUCUUUGCUCCGAAACGUGACGCUGAUGAUUGAUACUGGGUAACAACAGCAAGAAUACUCUUCCACUCCAAAACCUAGUCUUAAAUAUUUUCAUUGUUUUAUGGUUUGAAUAUUUUACAUGUUAAGGGAAGCUUAAUUAAUUUAUGUGGUCUUGUUUUUAAAGUGGGAUGGCUACAGUUCUGAUGGUUUGAUAAUAAACGUUAUUUGUUGCUGCAUUCUCACAUAUGUAUAAUAAAUUUCAUAAGAACAGUUUUUUAAUCUAGUGUAAAUUGUUCAUUUUUAUACGGAAUGUAAAAUAUUAGCACAAUAUCCACAAGGAUUAUGAACGUGUCUAUUAAAAAAUAUAUUUAAUUCA